AAACAUAAAUGGGAGCUAGGACAUAUUAUGCCAAUUCAGUUAGAAUAUCACACGGAACGACAGAUCGCACCUGGAUUGUCCGCAUCGGCGCGAAUACGGAAGCUCGAAAGUAGUUUUUAGUUAUUACAAAAAUAUGCAAUAUUUCGGAUGGCCAGCUGGCGAACAAUGAUGUGAAAAUAGCAUCGAUCGUAUCGCUCGUAAAGGAAAGGAAGUGAAGUGUUUUGAUUGGGGUAUAACGCGGUCCAAGCCAAACGCACGGCUUCGGUGGUGUUUCGAUUUGCAAAGCUACAGAAAAGACGCUGGCGACGUUGAAUGUGAAUAAAAAUGUGGCCAAUGAAACUGGACAUGACCCGAGAAGAGUGUCGGGGCGUUCUCAGACGCCUAGAGCUUGAAUCGUACGGCACAGUGAUAAGUACAUUUCGGGCCCAGGGGUGUCUGAGCAAAGAAAAGCUGCGAAUGCUGGAGGAUUUACGCCAAAUGUUACACAUUUCCAACGAUCGACACAGAGCGGAAGCGAGACGCGUUGCAAACGAUGAACGGCUCACUACGGUUGCGGAAAUCAUUUCUGGACCAAACAGUGGGCAAGACUGGCGUCGUGAAGGACAUCGUUCCUUUCCUAUUCUGCCCCGAACGGUACCUCACACUGCUUUGACGUAUAUUGCUAACACUGUGUUCGAACAGUUGACUCUAGCAAAUUCGAAACUACCACAUCCAGCUGAUACGUCUUACGAUCGACUGAAGAAAGCGGAGGAAAUGUUUAGAUUCGAGCUGGUUAGGAAAGAAUCUUCAUUGUUUGAGAAAGGUUUUGUACGCGAUGCGGCUGUUGUUACUUCGGAUCCGCUACAGGACAUCAUGUCCAAAAGUUAUGUCAAAAGAGAGGAGAGCCGUAAUGCCGUAUCAUCAAAAUCGACAGAAAAGCCAGCAUUGGAAACCGGUACAGAUAGUGCCACAACAUCGAAUGGUGAGAAAAUGUCGGGCAAUUCCGAGUCCGUUCCCGAUCAAUCGUCGUUGUGUGAUAUACUGUUGAACAAGGAUAUACCCUCAGAAAACUACGACCAUUCGCAAUCGAAAUUGAAUAAAUCUGGAGAACGUUUGCCCAGAAAAAAGCCACAAGCAACAAAACGAACAUGGAAAUCAAAAUCAUCCUAUCCGCCGGCCAAACUUUUCAAGCAUACUUUAUCAAAAAAUGGAAAACAAACCUCCAGAGCAAAUAACGUGCACAGUCCUCACCUGAUCCAUUCGUACGCGGUGCCAUUCGAUACAAAGGAUGCCACAGCUAACGGAGGUUCAACUACGGAACCGCUACAGUUACAGCAACAUCUCACAUCUAACUUGUCGCAACAAAAUCAACAAAACAACCAGAGUACGACUGUUGGUCCAAUGGGAAGAUCGCAACCGUUCCCCGCUCCCGUUGGGGUUACGGGUCAUGGAGGUGCUACACCAUCGCUGAUGUACAACCAUCAGCAAGGAAUCCUGCCAUCGUCCAAAAAGGACAUACAGUACAAUUUAUUCAAAUUAAAACCAACGCAAAGCAGCUUAGGAUCGAAGGGGAACGCGAAUGUACCUACGAAAGGAAUAGGGUUCUAUUCGCAUGGCAAAUCACUUCCGCAUCCGCUGCUACACUAUCAAAAGAAAUCGCCCAGCAAGAAUAUCCUUAUUCCUACGUCAACUGCGGCAGCCACAUUGGCCAGUUUGGGCCUACCAACACCGCUCCAUCCACCACUAACGGAUCAUUCAAACAAUUGGGUAAGCUCGAAAAUUCGUGACACUAACCCAAAACCAGCUAAGCAUGUGAAAACAAGUAUACCAAUGCCGGUUGAUAAUGAAACCGAGCGUUCCAGCGUUCUUUCCGGUGACAAACUCAACGUACCGGGUACGGAAUUACCCAGCAAUGCUGUUCGUCCCCCUUUGUCGAAUGAAGUGCUCACGGAAUGUACGGAACAAUCGGUUGAAAAGAACUCUGUUGCUAAAACGCCCGUAACUUUGAAUAAUGCUACACUAUCGCCCAUCCCGAACAAUGCUAACUUACCGACACAACCUAACCUUGCCGGAUUUACCGCGGUGAAAAGCGGAACCAAAUUGUCGGUGCACAAAAUGCAGCUAAUACCGGUUGCUGGUGUCACGCAAAAUGCUCCUCUUACUCCGACAGCACAGAAAAACAACGUCUUUAUCCUGCCGAAAGCAUCGUCCAUGUCUGGUGGGCUAAAUCUGGGACAGAAGAUCACUAUCCCGAAGAGCAUUGUAGAGUCAUCGACGAUCGUACCACCCGUGUCAAGUCCGCCGAAGGUGAUUGUUCAGUCGGUUCCCAAUCCGUACAGUGUAGCGACGACGACGUUCGACAUGAACAUCUAUCGGCAAAAUACGGUACCGUCUCCGAAGUUGCGUACUAGCGAUGAGAAGCCAAGUAGCACUGUUCCCGUAACAGCAACCAAGGAGCUUAGUGAAACAUUCGGCAAUGAGCGAUCGACACUGCAGGAUGUAUCAAAUGCACAAAAGCGAUCAUCUUCCGCUACCAUCCCUUGUGAUGGUGUAACUGGACUAAAGAUAAAAAUUUCUACCAGUCAGCUCGUUCCUUUUAAGGGCACAUUGCAUGCGACCUCUGUACCAUCCACAAAUACAAGCUGUAUAGCGAUAGGAGCUAAAAAGUUGAAAUAUGAUGCGGAUACUUCUGUUACUGGUGGUGCUGCUUCAUCUGGCCGUACAGUUCCAAAUGAGACGGAUUGGGAAAAUGAAUUAGAUCGUGCAAGUUUUAUUCAAACCACUAAUGAACAUAUUAUGGUGAAAAAUAGUUCCAUAGGGGACCAGCAACCUUCCACUUCCAACCAGCCACCAGAUCAUUCAAUACAACCCACUACAACAUCAAUGCACAAAGAUGAAAGGAAAUUUUUCGUCGAUGAAGAAAGCCAUAGGGAUGACAGCGUAUUGCACAAUACACUACCCUCGUCCGAAGGGACAAAUGAUAGAACAGGGCAAAGUGAGGACGAUAUUGGCACUACCGAACGGGGAGAUGACUCGUCCGUAACUGAUUCGGCCGAUGCAGAGGACGAUAUCGAAGAUGAGGAGGAGACGGAAGAGUGUGAAGGAAUUGAGGAAGACGACUUUGGUGAUGAUGCCGUAGACGUCGAAAUGGAAACGCAGCCAAUCAUCAUUGAGGAGGAACCAGCAAACUACGAUCAUCUCAUAGAGGAAGUGCCGGAAGAUGAACAGUUUGUGGAGGAGGUUGAGGAUGGUCCGAUGGAGUUUAUCAGUGUUGGAUAUGGUACUACGGGCGAAUUAGUUACAGAACUAGAAAGCGGCAGCGCGCAGCAAAUUAUAGAAGAACAUUGUCCCACGAACGGUGUGGUGCAAGAAAUAUUGCCACGGGAAGCAAAUUAUGCCCAAAGUACCGGUGGUUUCGGAUCGGUUGAAAAUGGUAAUUUGCAAGCAUAUACAGUAUCGGGCGGCAUAGUGUGUAAUCUGCUGGAGGUGGGCUCAGAUGGUAAAUAUCACACUCGGCCCUACUCUUACAAACAGAUGCUCGCCGAAGGGAUGCCGUCUGUAUCGGAAGCGGUUAAACAAACACAUCCGACGGUAAGAUUAAGCUAGAUAAGCACACGGAACUAAAAGCAAAAAUACGUACGGGAAAGCAGUGCAAGUGGGACAUACACAAGUACAAGUAGCUUUGUGGGAGAUUAUCAAUCGAUACACGGCUCAAUAAUAGCGAAAACAGUAACAAAGAAAAACGAACCUAAAAUGAUUAAGGUACGUGAUCUUAUUACGUUGUUAUACUAUUUAUUUUCGAGCCGUUGCUUUAACGCUUUUUUUUGUAACUAUUGGCAUAAGAAACAAUGAAAUUGUUUAGUUACACCUGAUUUACAACCGUUUUCUCUGGUGAUGUGUAUAGUUCUUGGGAGGCGUUUGGACCUUUACGCAUAAAGCUGGUGGCGAAUCAAAUCAGCAAUUAUUAGGUUGAACCGAUAGCACCUUUUCAAGCUGUUGCAUAGCACAACUUAUACAUUAGUGAAUAAUAUUAUUGCUCCGUAAAUACCUCAAAAAGUUAUAAUGUCAUUUAUCGUUUCUGCUUUUUAAGUACACAAAUGUAUGCUCUCGUCACGUAUCGGGAAUCAUUUGGUGCAUUCUGCACAUUCUGAAAGUGCAGUGGACUAUGAAAGUUAAUUUUGUAAACUGUACAUUGAGUGUAUAUAACAUUCAUUUGUCAUUUCAAUUGUAGAAUUUACAUGAAGUGUGUCACUAUAAGGGUAACUAGAUACUAGCUAAUCGAAUUAAAUGGUGGUCAAGAGGUGCGUUCGAUUUUUAAACUUAAAUGUAAGAUAUUACUGACCCUUACCGGGUGCGAGGGCAGCCGCAUAACGAACUGUUGUCAGAUGCAUAUAUUAACUAUCCCUUAUAAGCAGAGGGUAAAGCAUAGGAGAGUGAAAAUCUUCACACAGGUCGACAUUUAUACAGUAAGAAUAGCUUUAAGCGUCGUGAUGUCAAACUUUUUUCUUUUUCUAUUCAAGCAAUUUUUGAAACUGUUAUCAGUUCUCUAAACUAGUGUUCUAAAAGUUGCACUGAUUUAUUUUCGAUUUAUAUUUUGAAUUGUGAACGCGGACGAAAGAGUGUGAAGAAUAUUACAACAAAGAAUGUGAGGAUUCGGUGGGCAAUACAAAACGAUCUGUUCAGUUAUAAAAUUGUAUCGUUAUGUUUAAGCAAACAGGUUGGCACACAUGUUGAAAAAAGAGCAUUAUUUUACAACUCAUUGUAAAUAGUACCAUCGUUCUAUUGUGGUAAAACAGGCCAAUCCGAAGGGCAACAAAUUGUAAUCCUAAUGUAACAAGCGGAUAUUAAUGUCGAGUAGAGUUGACUUCUUGCUACAUAAUGAAGAUAAAUUUAAAUAAAUAAUAAAUUGUAAAUUUUAAGAUAAA